UUUGUUAUCAGAAACUGCCGAUGCCGGUGUCGGACAUUCUCACAAUCAGUAUUUUAGUCAUUCGUCGCGCUUUGUCCGGAGUACACGCGCAUUACAAAACUCGCGAUAUACUUCCGGUAUUUUGUGACUGUUUGAUUAUAAGAACUUACCAUGGCAACAACGGAAAUACAGAAAAAUGGAGGUGCACAAAAUUUAAUAAAACAGGCACCCUGGACUGACGAGCAAGGCAUCACGAUGAAGGUGUACCAGGGCGUUAUGAUGGCGCUAGAGAUUUUAGUUCUGAUUGUGAAGCUGUAUGCGACCUGGUUCUACUGCCUCUACCGCUUCUUUGUACCGCCAGAACCUAAGAGUGUUAAUGGGGAAAUUGUGUUGAUAACUGGAGCAGGCCACGGAAUGGGAAGAGAAAUGGCGUUGAGGUUCGGCCGUUUAGGAAGUGUCAUAGUCUGCGUGGACAUCAAUCCUAAAGGCAACGAAGAAACUGCCGAAAUGGUUAAAGAGAACAAGGGAAAGGCACAUACCUAUAAAUGUGAUGUAACAGACCGAGAGGCCAUUAAUCAGCUGAUAGAAAAAAUUCGUAAGGAAGUCGGAGAAGUCACGAUUUUGGUGAAUAAUGCUGGUAUUAUGCCAUGCAAGCCUCUACUCGAGACCAAUGAAAAGGAGAUCAGGCUGGCCUUUGAAGUCAACGUUCUCUCGCAUCUAUGGCUACUCCAAGCUGUGCUACCCUCGAUGAUGGAGAGAAAUCACGGUCACAUCGUCGCUAUGUCCUCAAUGGCUGGAGUCCUUGGUCUCCGUAAUCUGGUGCCCUACUGCGGUACCAAGUUCGCAGUCCGUGGAAUGAUGGAGGCUCUGCACGAGGAACUGAGGGAGGAUCCGAGGGACUUCAGUGGAAUUAAACUAACCUGUAUCUACCCGUACAUCGUUGACACCGGCCUGUGCAAGAACCCGAAAAUCAAGUUCCCGUCACUGAUGAAGAUCAUAUCACCCCAGGAGGCAGCCGACAACAUCUUGGAUGCUGUUAGGAGGAACUAUACAGAGAUCACAAUUCCCAGCUCCUUAUAUUAUAUCAAUCAGUGGUUCCGAAUAUUCCCCAGACCCGUGCCCCUGCAUUUAAAGGAUUUCUUGGAUUCUGGACUUGAAGCGCAAUAGAUUUUAUUUCUUAUUAUAUCGACUUCGAUGGACAAAAUCGUUAAACUAAAUACAAAAGUCUUAAAAUGACCUUUGAUUAGUUUAUUCGAGUACACUCGACUUUAGCGAGUAAUUAAAUAUAAAAAACUUAUUUACUAAAUUAGUCUCCUUUCACUGUUGUAACUAAUUUGAUGAUUUAUUAAUAGUGGAAUUAGAUUGAUUUAUUAAUAAGGAAAGAUUUGGAAUUUAAUUAAACAGCGAAUCAAUCGAAACGCUAUUGGUGUACCAAUUUGACUUAUAAAAAUCGAAAAUUAAUACAAAAGUUCAUAAAUUCUAGGUAUGAGAUAAAAAUCUACCAUAAGUAAUAUUUCUAAGUUAAUUGUAGAAAGAACUUCUAACAAAUUAAUUGGAUACAUGUACCAGCAGUUUAUUAGAUAGAGACACGAAGGAUUUGGUUUUUUGAUAUAAGCGACUCUCAAGGUUGAAUCGUGACAUACAGAAGGUUGCUCUCUUGUCUAUAAAAAAAAAACAAAGACACGAAUAUAAUCCGAUACCAAGCCAGCAAUAGGAAUGUAGCGCUACGAAAUACUUUUUUUUAAAUACCGCAUUAGUAGUAGAUAGUAGGUAUUUCGUACUCGUACUACGUAUAGACCAAUUGGGUACACCCAACAUUAAUAGGAAAUUAACUUAAAAAUCAUUUACAGUGGUGCAGAUUAUUACCAGUAACCGUGCCGCUGCAUAUUAAGGACUUUAUGGACUCGGGGCUCGAACCUCAAUAAAUGUAGGUACAGUCUAAAAUUAUAUUGUGGUCGCUUCAUGUAGCUUUGUAUCCAGGUCGUCAUUUAGUGUCAUUUCAUCAAGAGGAGUCGCUUCAUUAUUCAGAUCAUCUUUGUGGGCUGAAUGUCUGGCAUAUAACAUACACGAAAUAUUUGUAUGUCUUUAUGUUAUCUUCGUUAUGGAAACGAACGAUUAUGGGAAUAUACUUUUUAAGAUAUAAUCAUGAUUUAUUUCAAAGGUUUUGUUCAGGAGAAGCCAACCGAUUUCCAAACCUGAAGAGGAUCCGAUUUUAUAAUUCUUUACCAUAUAAGAUGAGUGUGAUAAGUAGAUGUUAAAUAAAGUAAGAAAAGUCUUUUAACUAAAUACUGCUUCUGACAAUUUUCUUCUAUUUAAAAUUGCCAUAUUGAAACAAUGUUAAAGUGUCAAGUGUCAACUCUUUAGCCAAGAACACUUUGCGACUAACGUUACCGAAAAUUGGUUUUGCAUUGCGGGUCACGCUUGACGCAAAGUAUUUUGUCUAGAGUCCCAGGUCUUCUAAUAUGUACAUAUUAGAACAAUACAGCCAAUAUAAUAGCAACACUCCAUACAACUUAAUUCACAGAUAAACUAAAUGUCCAAAACCAAUAGAAAUUAAGGAUAUCUUUUAAUGUUGCGAAGUGAGAUGGGUAAUUAAGACUUUUAAAGAGAAAUAUUAUGUACAAUAUGUUUCUGAUUAUUCGUUAAUGUUAUUAAAUAAAUAUUUAAUCACAUCCAAAUUUAAUGCUUAUAAUAUUGUAAUAAUACUGCUGGUAGUCGACGUAGUUUAAGGGUAAUGUUUGUGCCUUAAGUUGUGUACUGAACAUGACAAUAUAUUUAUCUGUAAGUUUUGUGAAUUUUGUACUUUUAUACUAAACAUAUUUAAAUUUGAUAUUGUAUAUUGGGAUUCGCUAAAAAAUAGUGCUAUAUGUCAAUGACAAUUAAAUGGCUUUAUAUGCAGACAGCUCUCUAUAUGAUGUCGAAAAAAACAAAAGCUUG